AACUCACUUGAUCUCUGGUUAUAACAUUAACUAGCGCUGUACAUGAUGUGACAUGGAUUUUGAAAAAGUGAAUUUGUCUGUACUAAAACUCAAUAAGGAAUCGAGAAAGAGUGGGAACAUUUACCUGCAACGCCUCACACAUAGUGUUUAUUCCAUUUUGCAGUCUGAGCUGUUGACCAAGUGCUAUGAUCUUAUAAAUGUACUGCAAUGCCCUUCUGUAUUGGAUGAUUUGGAUUAUUUGAUACCAAGGGCUAACAUCAAUGAAGUUCAAACAGGCUUACCUCCAUUUUCCAUGGAGCGGCUCAAGAAAAAAAUUAUUAACCUACACCUACCUCAGGGAACACGUGUAUUUACUGUCCAGCUGCCUGAGAGUCAGCCUAAAUUUGAGUAUCGGAGAUCAGGGGUAGUUCUUCGACAAGCCGUUAUAAAAGGGGAAGUGGAAAGUUUAUUUGUUUCAGGUGUAGAACAUGACAGUCCAGCAAGCAAAGUGAUGGAUUUACAUAUGGGUGAUUGUAUCUACGCAAUAUCUGGUUACCCAUUGGACUGGCAUACUCUGGAACAAUUAAGGCAUAAGUUAAUUGAAUUAGAUGGACUAUCACCAAAUUCAAAUAUCUAUGAACUAGCAACUUAUUUACUUAACAGACCUUAUCAAAAUUCUAAGAUUUCUAGGAAAAAUCAUGACUCAAAUAAUACUGGUAUAUUCAAAGUUACUACCGAUAUAAAAAAUUCAGAAGUUUUCGAACCACCAAUGCUUAUUCUUUUUCGUUAUCCUAAAACGAGUUUUUUAUGGAAAGAUCAAAUUGAAAACGAUGAAUUAAUGAAACCAAUGAAUACUGUUAAACAAGAUAGAGUUAAUUGCUAUGAAACGGUGCUUGAAAACAAUCCAGAAGAUACAGGAUUGGGUUUACAGAUAGGAUGCGAUGAAGAUGAUAAAGGCAUCUACAUUGUUUCCAUAUUCAAAAACAGCCAAGCUGAAAAGGAUGGUGUUCUGAAAGAAGGAGAUCAUAUAAUUGAGGUAAAUUAUCAGAACAUUGAAGGUUUGGAAGCCAAACAGGCCCUGAAAAAAGUUAAAAGCGUCUGUCGAAAUGCAAAAUUCGUGCAUAUAAAGUGUUCCAGAAAUCUAAGAGCAGAUGAUUGUAAAUCCGCAGUUACAGAUGAUUGCAAAGAAAUAAAGUCGGAAGAUGCAGUGGUAAUAAACAACGAAGAUCGAGGUGUAUCAUGUCAUGAAAGCUGCAACCAAAAAGACAAUAAUCAUCAGACUGCAAACACAACUACUGGUUCCAUUUCACAAACUGAAUCAGAUGGCAAGGAUAAUGAAAACAGAUAUCCAAAUAUUAAAGACAAUAAUGGUGAUAAUGAUGACGAAAGUAUCCUGGGUAAAUGGUCAGAUAUGUUUGAUCCCGAUGUUAACAUACUGUUGGUGCAUUAUACUAUGGAAAAUUCAGACUGUGGUUUAGGUAUUGGAAUCGAAAGUAUUGUACAAGAUGAAGAAUUAAUUGAUGGAAAUCAGUAUCAUCAUUACAUAGUAGAAAUAAAUUCAGAAGGACCGAUUGGUCGAGAUGGAACAUUGUCAGUUGGAGAUGAAAUAUUAGAAGUCAAUAAAAUUGUUUGUCUUAACAAGGAUCAUUUAGAACUUGCUCGCAUUUUUCACACCACUCCAACAAAAGGAUUUUUAGUGUGUGCACGAUUUCCAAAUGAAACUUAUUCAGGAGAUAUAAAAACUGAAAGUGGAAGUGAUGAAAUGAUUGUCACCAACGCUAUUCCCUUCAAUCAUUCUUUGAGUGAUGGUGAAGUGCCUUCAGUUGACUUUGAGGAACAGAUUUUCGAUAAACAUUCGUCUAAUGGAUUGUAUUCAGAAAGCAAAGAAAAUUCAAUGCAUGAAAUAAUUAACGUAAAUGAAACUGAUCAAAAUUAUAGUUCUGAUAUAGACGAUAGUCAACAACCAAUAAGACUGCUGACGAUUACAAGCACUGGUCUGAAUACUUCAAGUUUGAAAACUGCCUUUCAAGUGGAACAAAUAAAAUUGGAUGAUGAUGAUGAUGAUAAGAUACCUGAAAGCCCUAUAGUAGAAUCAGCUGUAAAUGAGACGAAUUCAGAGGAGCAAAUAUCUACUGAAUGUGUUACAACCAAUUCAUUCCCACGUCUUCCUAUGGCAGAAAAGGUAGCAAACUUUACAAGAAAAAAAUCCAACAAGAAAUUCACAUCUCGUCAUUCCUGUGAAAUUCCUCAAAGUACAAAGGAUCACUCAGAUAAUGGUAUCCAGUUAAAUGACAUAAUAAAUCAAGAUGAGAUAGUAUCAGUAAAAGUUAUGAAAAAGGCAGGGGAAAUACUUGGUUUGGAACUUGAGAUGGAAAAUGGCGAUGAAAGAGGUAUACCACUGGCGUACAUUACACCUGGAAGUCCAGUCGACCGUCUGAAGUGUCACAAUAAGAAUAAGUCAACAGAAUAUUUGGGAACCGACUCCUACUACUCCAAUCAAUCAGAAGCUUCGUCUGAUGAUAUUCAAUACACCCGUGUGCCAAUCCCAGGAGAUCAUAUUCUAAGUGUAUCCGACUAUAGUUUUCAGCAUAUAUCUGCUUUCACAGCUUUAAGACUUUUACGGAAACUUAUAUCAUAUUCUGGCUUUAUAAAAUACCAAUCCAUUGACAAUAUUUCUAAUUUAUUAUUGCAAAAAUUUCCAAAUAUUUAUGAAUUUAAAGGGACAAGGAAAAGAUUUAAUUAUGUCCAUUUUAAAAAGUAAUACAGUAGAAGAAUGGAAAUGUAUGAAAUAUUGAGGGUGUAUAUGUAUACCAUAUUCUUUUAUUCUCUUCUCGAUGAAGAUCAACUUUAUUCCACAAGAAGUUUCUGGGUGUAUUCAGGAAGCCAGAUACAGUCGACAUUCGAACUUGUUUCAAUCAGAGGUUAAACUGAAUACUUUUGAAAAUUAUACACCGUAAUUUACACAAUCAAUAAUUUCUUAAUUUAACUCACAUUUAUUCCUAGUUUUUGACUGUAUUAAAUUUUUUUUUAAAAAUUGUCAUUUAUAAAAUGAAAACGAGCACUUCAUACUGUACAGACAAACAACAAUCUUCUUAUCCUAUUUUACUACCUAAACCACUUUCAUCACAUAAAAGACCUUUAUUUGACCAUGUAAAAACUGGAAAAUAUAAUAUGCAGAAUUGGAAUUACCAGUUGUUAGGUGCACAAAUCGGUGCUCAGGCAGCUGACUAUGCUGCUGCUAGAUAUAAUCAUACGACAGAGGCGCUUUCAUUGAACGAAAGUGAGCCGAAUGCCUAUUCUGAAUCUUCGCUUCGUCCUUCUUUUGCAGCGGUAUCAAAAUCAAAUUUAUUUAUUUACAGUGGAAUAACAACACUUAAAAUAAACCCAUCAUUACAUACUGUCAGGUCAGUCGGUGUUUUACCUCCAUGUGUGUGUUAUUCCCCCUCCCCCCGGGUUUCAUCAUUUUUUUUUUAAAUCCAAUCUAUGAAUAGAUUCUGAAUAUUUUUAUUUAUUUAUUUAUGUUUUGUAUAUGCGCGUUCUGUUUAUUUAAAUUUAUCUUUAAAUCUGCCUAAUGCAAUUGAUGUGUUUCCCUAAAUUACGUGAUUUUGUAGACGAAAAAUACAAAUCCAAAAUUA